GGAAGCUGAUUUGUCCUCUCCCAUAAUGCAUAAUACAUGUAGUAUAUAAAUACAUAAUGAAUAUGUGUGUAAAUUUUUUUGAUGACGAAGUCAUUGAAAAUCAGACAGAACUAAGACCGUAUUUUGUUUGAAGUAAUUGCUUUAGGCAACACUUAUCUAUCAACGCUUAAACGAUACAACUUGGUUAACUUCGUGUUCCUUAAUGAGAAGUGUGUGUUUAGGUCAUCCAGUUGAAAUCUGAUGGUCUAUAUCAUUAGCUUCAGUUUAUCUACGUUAUAAUGUCAUCAUCAUCAUCAUCAUCAUCAUCAUCAUCAUCAUCAUCAUCAUCAUCAUCAUCAUCAUCAUCAUCAUCAUCAUCAUCAUCAUCAUCAUCAUCAUCAUCAUCAUCAUCAUCAUCAUCAUCAUCAUCAUCAUCAUCAUCAUCAUCAUCAUCAUCAUCCAAAUCAUCAUCAUCAUCAUCAUCAUCCAAAUCAUCAUCAUCAUCAUCAUCCAAAUCAUCAUCAUCAUCAUCCAAAUCAUCAUCAUCAUCCAAAUCAUCAUCAUCCAAAUCAUCAUCAUCAUCAUCAUCAUCAUCAUCAUCAUCAUCAUCAUCCAAAUCAUCAUCAUCAUCAUCAUCAUCAUCAUCAUCAUCAUCAUCAUCAUCAUCAUCAUCAUCCAAAUCAUCAUCAUCAUCAUCAUCAUCAUCAUCAUCAUCAUCAUCAUCAUCAUCAUCAUCAUCAUCAUCAUCAUCAUCAUCAUCAUCAUCCAAAUCAUCAUCAUCAUCCAAAUCAUCAUCAUCAUCCAAAUCAUCAUCCAAAUCAUCAUCAUCAUCAUCAUCAUCAUCAUCAUCAUCAUCAUCAUCAUCAUCAUCAUCAUCAUCAUCAUCAUCAUCAUCAUCAUCAUCCAAAUCAUCAUCAUCAUCAUCAUCAUCAUCAUCAUCAUCAUCCAAAUCAUCAUCAUCAUCAUCCAAAUCAUCAUCAUCAUCCAAAUCAUCAUCAUCAUCAUCCAAAUCAUCAUCAUCAUCAUCAUCAUCCAAAUCAUCAUCAUCAUCCAAAUCAUCAUCAUCAUCCAAAUCAUCAUCAUCAUCAUCAUCCAAAUCAUCAUCAUCAUCAUCAUCAUCAUCAUCAUCAUCAUCAUCUAAUGCUAUCAUUGUGAUCACACUUCUUUUCGAUAGAGUUUCGAAAAUUUUUCACAAAACUUUUAAUUUAUGA